AUGGCCCUGUCCUCUCUCGUCCCAACCGCCGCCCUUGCGAUCCCGCCCGAGCUCAACGACGCUGAAUACACACGCGAGGUCUUGGGACACUCGGGCGGUCGGACCGAGGACGAUGUCGAGGGGGAGCUAGUCGCACGGGCUGCUGUCCUCAGCAUCCAACUGCCCUUGCCAGCCUAUGAACCGGCGGCGGCCGCCGCGGCGACGGAGGGGAGCGUGUGCGGAUGCGGGAACCCGAACGUCUCCAACGCCCACUUAGCCGACUCGCUCGUCUUGUCCCCCUCUGAUCACGGCCGUACCGAAUCUACCAGCUCCGGCUCCGACGGCGUCACGAGCUCGGGCCUGACAUCGCAGGCAUCUCGCCGCCCGGUCAUGAUCCCGGCUACCCUGACCGAGUCGGCACAGGUCAUUUCGCGCAGAAAGUCCAAAUCUCUCACCUUCUUCCAAUACGAGAAGUAUCUUAGCCAGCUCGAUCCAGCUCUCGACCAACCCCAGUUUCUCAGCCCCCCGCCCAGCAAGCCCGAGCGUUUUACGAGCAUCAUAAUCAGGGCGGGCACAAUCCAGGGUGUCAGGAACUUCACGCGGUCUUUCUCCACCAGGUUGCGGAAAGUGCGGCCCUCUCGUUCGUCCAUCUCUUGCAUAUGUUGCCGCGAGGACUUUGCCAACGAGCGUCAGACACUCCAUACGCUGCCGUGCGGCCAUACCUAUUGUUUGAACUGCCUCGCUGUUAUGGUCUCCCAGUCCAUGGUGGACGAGUCCAAGAUGCCGCCGAGGUGCUGUACCCAGCCCAUUCCGGGCCCAGUCCUAAAAGCGAUAUUGAGCCGAGAGCAGCAGCAGAGGUUUUUGAAGGCGGUACAGCAAUACAGUACGCCUUGGGAAUCGAGAAUGUUCUGCCCUAACGCCAUGUGCAGCGAGUUCAUCCCUCCAACCACCAAGAUCGACCCCAAGCACCCGUUUGAGACGACCUGCAAGGCCUGUAAUACGAGGGCCUGCACCAUGUGCAAGAGGCACGCACACCGCCUUGGCCAAGACUGUCCCAAGGAUCAGGAGCUCGAAGCGGUUCUGCAGAUGGGAGAAAAGUCGGGCUGGAAACGUUGCUAUAAAUGCCGCACACUAGUCGAGCUUGCCACGGGCUGCACGCACAUGACGUGUCGGUGUCGAGCCCAGUUCUGCUACAUUUGCGGGGCUGUCUGGGACCAGGCCGUCGGGUGUCCGAACUUUUGUAACGGAGAGGAAGAGCUCGAACGCCGGCGCCGGGAAGAGGAGGAGCGGCUCGCGGAGCUCGAAGCCGCCAAGCAAGCGCAGGAAAAAGAAGCCGCGGCAGAGAGGCUUGCGAGGCAAAUGGCCGAAAGACGGACCAACGAGAGCCGCGCAUUCAAGGCACUCAAAAAGGAGCAAGAGGCAGAAAUGUUCCGGUUUAAUGACUUUGAAGACAAGAUGGACUCGGACAUGCGCUCACGGCAAAUUAGGAAGAAGCUUGCGCUGUUGGAAAGAUACGCCGAGUUGACAAACAAGAUGGCUGAGCGCCACGCCAAAACAGAACAACAUCUCGAAGACCGUCAGGUCGAAGCCGAGAGCGAGCUGCGCGCCACGCUUCCGGCUUCGGAGAAGAGGAUCACCUUGAAGCUCAAGCACAUGGAAGCCUACUGUACUGGGGCUCAGAGCAAGUCUGCAAGCAACGCCAACCUUCCGGCUAGGCAAGUGACGGAGAAGGAUAUCGAGCUUCUCCGCGAGGCAUAUCGCGAGCGCGACGAGAUGAAGCGCAGGCACCAGGCGCAAAUCAACCUGCUCAGGGAGAAGCAGGCGAAAUGCUUGGACGAGCUCGUAGAACGACACCAGAAAGAGAGGAAGGCACUAGAGGAGAAGAAGGCCGAGCAGAUGGAGGACCUAGCCGUCCAGUUCGCCAACGAAGAGGAGGUGUUUGUCCAGCGGUUCCAGGGCCGCAAGACAAGGCUCCAACGACGAUGGUUGCUGGCGGCCGAAGUGCUCCGUGUCGAGAUGGAGGAACGCCACGGCCUGAAAUACGCCCCCAUAGCGCUGCCCCAUUGGGUGGUGGAAGUCGACAAUAUAUUUAUUCGUGACUCCCAUCGAGACUCUACUCUGUCUAUCUUGCCGUUAGUCUAG